AUGCCUCUGAACGGGCAUCGCCAUCUCCACUAUUCAACAGGAAGUGCAAAAAAUGAUCACCCAAGUCACAUUAGCGCUACUGAUGGAAUGUUACACGCUACACAGGUGCUAGGUUCUGUUGCUGCUCCCACCAUAAGCUUGCACGCUGGUCCCUCCAACACUACCUCCCAAGGAUCGGACGUCCUCUAUUUCUCCAACGAUCAUCCUAAGGGAUCCAAUAGUGGCGGGGACCUGGCAGAUACGAGAUUCGCUCGGCUCCCAGGUAUUGAGGCGGGAGAGAGAAGCUCUGCGUCUACUGCGUCGUCAACUUCUGCCAUGACGGAACCGUCUCAGUCCUUCAACGGUCCCCGGCGGCAACCAAACUUUCCCCGGCAGCCAGAGGAACUACACAUACCUGCACCAAACAACUCGCUAGGCUCUAAUGGCCCUCGGCAGGGCCAACAUCAAUUUCCCUCUGCACCUGACUAUGGCCCGCCAUCGAUCAAUAUCCAGCUCUCCCAAUUCUCCAACAACACCAAUAACAACACUACAUCACUCCCAGGAGCACUGCAACCGGGGCCCGGAAACCGCGCGGGUCCGGCCAAUACCACCACUGCACCAGCUCUACAAUCACUACCAUCGUUAGCCACGCAGUCGAUCUCUCCUAACACGCCUUCAAAAUCCAGUCAGUCAAACCAAUCACAGGCUUACUCAAGAGCCAGCCCGUCCGUGUUUGAUCAGCAAAAAUUUAAGCAAGUCGGGAGUACGCCUGAUAGCGGGAAGUACAUAGGAUCAACGUCAACCACCUAUGCACCACAGACCCCGCAGACAUCGCCAUACUCACCGCUCGGUUUGGCUGAUAUCAGACCUCAUAUUGAUACUACAAUGUCGGAAGACGCUGGCAGCACAGUGACAGGAAACAAUAAUGGUGAUGUGCAAUAUCCUAAAAACAGCAAUUAUCUCGCCCCGUGGGCUGUAUAUGCCUUGGACUGGUGUAAAUGGCCCGUUCCACCAGGCGGGUCUUCCUUUGGAAAAGUUGCACUAGGGAGCUACCUUGAAGACAGCCAUAAUUACAUUCAAAUUCUAAGUAGCCAGCGCGCGUCUGCCGAUGUUCCAGAAUCUCCGGACGGAAACCCGGGCUUAGACUUCAUUAAGACUGCGGAGGCUACACAUUCAUAUCCGGUGACAAGGAUAUUAUGGGAGCCACCUUCGUCCCAGAAGCAAUCAACUGAUCUAUUAGCUACCUCGGGCGAUCAUCUGCGGCUUUGGUCACUACCAGCAGACUCCCAUUCGCAGUCCUACUCUAUGAGCAACUCUAUAAACCGAUCAAGCAAGUCUAGGAACCAGCCAGUACAAAAGCUUUCACCUCUCGCACUUCUUUCCAAUUCUAAAUCUCCAGAACACACCGCUCCAAUAACAUCGUUGGACUGGAAUAUUGUGUCCCCAAGUCUAAUAAUCACUUCCAGCAUUGACACGACUUGCACCAUAUGGGACAUUCCUACACUGACGGCCAAAACCCAGCUGAUUGCACACGAUAAGGAAGUCUACGAUGUCCGAUUCUGUGCCAAUAGUGUUGAUGUCUUUGUUAGCUGUGGUGCAGAUGGUAGUGUCCGAAUGUUUGACUUGAGAAGCCUCGAACAUAGCACGAUUAUAUACGAACCAUCCGAGAAGAAUGAAAAGCUAACGAGUCCUGGAAACCUUACGCCCCCUACCAACAACAUGUCUUGGCCUCCACCCCUAUUACGAAUAGCAGCCUCACCCCACGACGCACAUCUCCUUGGCACCUUCUCCCAAGACUCCAACAUUAUCCGCAUCCUCGACGUCAGACAACCAGGUCAGGCACUCAUGGAACUUAAAGGUCAUGCUGGCUCGAUAAAUUGCAUUGAAUGGUCUCCAGCGCGCCGCGGUACCAUCGCCUCUGGAGCAGACGACUCACUUGUCUUGAUCUGGGAUCUCAUAAAUCAAAGCAAUGCCGCAUCGAUUAUUCCACCACCUCCCCCAUCACACCAUGGUGGCACCUCCAAUGCACCCAAUACCAUAGAACGCGGGCCGGCCGCUGCGUGGCAGUGCGAGUAUGAGGUUUCGAACAUUAGCUGGGCCCCACAUGCGAAUAAUAGCAUUGCUGGGCCACCUGGAGCUGGUAGGGAUUGGGUGGGCGUGUGCGGUGGCCGCGGUUUGUGGGGCGUAUCUAUAUAA